AUGUCUACGCCGUACCACGGAGUAACCGAAUCCCUCAGCGAGCCAAUCCUUCAGUGGACCGAUCUGACGUACGAGGUCAAAACUAAGGCUGGUAAGAGCACAGAGUGGAAGACCAUCAUGUCAAAGGGCACCGGAAUGGCCCGUGCUGGUGAGACCAUUGCCAUUAUCGGCUCAUCGGGUGCCGGUAAGACAACCCUCCUCAAUGCUCUAUCUGGCCGUAUUGAGGGCGGCCGUCUCUCUGGCUCUAUCCUGUAUCGCGGUGCCAAGCGUCACCCCGGCUCGUUCAAGCGUACGACCGCCUACGUGCAGCAGGAUGACAUGAUGCACCCGCUCCUGACAGUCAAGGAGACACUCACGUAUGCAGCCAAGCUCCGCCUCUCCAACAGCCAGUAUACGGAGAAGGAGAAGCUGGAGCGCGUCCAGACAGUGAUGCGCCAGCUGAGACUCGAGGGCGCGAAAGACACGCCUAUCGGCAAUGCCCAGACACGCGGUGUGUCGGGCGGCGAGAGAAAGCGAGUCUCUGUCGGCAUGGAGCUCCUGACAAGCCCCAGCAUUUUGUUCCUCGAUGAGCCGACAUCGGGCCUCGACAGCAACUCGUCGGAGCUGGUGGUCGAGCUAGUCAAGGGCAUUUCCAAGGACCGCGGGAUUGCGACCAUGAUGACAAUCCACCAGCCUAGCGCGCGCAUCUUCAAUCUCUUCGACAAGGUCAUUCUGCUGUCGCAGGGUCGCAUCGUGUAUUUCGGCCCUGUCUCGGAGUCCAUCCAGUACUUUGCCAAGAUUGGCCACCAGUGCCCGAUGCACGAGAAUCCAGCCGACUACUUUGUCGACCUGAUGACUCUUGACUAUCGCAGCGACACGACUCUGGCGCAAAGCAAAGAGCGGGUUGCAGCGCUAGCAGAUACAUUCGCCGAGCACGCCAAUGCCUCCAGUGGAAGCUUUGCAGAGAAGCAAUCGUUGGCUCGCAGCUACGGCGAGCAGGAUAAUUCGCACGUGGUUACCAAGAACAGCUGGCUGUACGAGUAUGCAACACUGGCAAGGCGCGACUGGACGAAUGCGCUGCGCAACACGCCGUUCGCCGUGGGCCAGAUUAUGCAGGCAAUUGUCAUGGGCGUGCUGAUCGGCUUCAUGUACUUUUACCUGAAGAACGACUCGCUCAGUGUCAUGAACCGCAUGGGUGUGCUGUUCAUCAUCACAGUCAAUGCAACCUUCCCGGUGGUCAUGCCCAUGUUGUCCUUGUACGUAGAGGAGCGCGAUAUCAUGGUGCGUGAGCGUGCUUCGGCUGCUUUCCGCAUUUCCUCGUUCUACGUGUCCAAGGCAACCGUGUUCCUGCCGUUCGCCCUGAUAAGCAACACGAUCCUGUUCAUCGGCAUCUACUUUAUUGCACACCUGACGUUCAGUGCCAGCAAGUUCUUUAUUGCCCUGGCCAUAUUCUACUGCAUCAACAUGGUGUCCAUUGCCUUCACCCUGAUGGUCGGCUCGGCAGUCGAGUCCACAGAGAUGGGGUUCAUGAUUGCACCCGCAAUUCUGACCAUCCAGCUGCUGUUUGGCGGCCUGUUCUCAAACCCGUCAACGAUCACACCCGUCCUGCGCUGGCUCCGCUGGAUCAACCCUGUGUUCCACACGUUUGCAGCAUUGGCGCAAAACGAGCUUGGCGGACUCACGUUCACCUGUCCUCCCGAAACCCAGUGCUACGCAACCGGCGAGCAGGUGCUGAAGUCGUACAGCCUGACCAGGUUCAAUACCUGGCAAAGCGUUCUGUUUUUGAUUAUGCUUGGCGCUGUCAACUAUGCUGCUGGAUACGCGUUCUUGCGCUGGAAGGCCAAGCCAAAGUACAUCUGGCUGUAG